CAGACAGCCUGAUACAACUUGUUGCAUCUGACAAUGCACUAAUUCGCAUCGGCCAGCGUGUAUCAAUAUGGGAGGGGAAGAUGCGCAGGACGUGAUGGUUGCCGUGAAACGCCUCCAGGUCGUGCUAGACAAUAGUUCUGUGAGCAGCCGGGAAGAGGUUUUGUGCGCCCUAGACGAGUUGCAAUCCUUGGGAAGUCUUCCAAUGGAGGUCUUGAAAGAGACUUUGGUUGGAAAGUCGCUCCAUUCCUUGGCGAAAGCGGCAGCAGACCAGGAAAUCAAAUCCAAAGCCAAAAGCCUGGAAUUGGCUUGGAGGCAAGAUUUCAAGGAUUUCAAGAAGCGGAAAGCCGAUGACCUGCAGCUGAGGCGGUCCAAUUCCAAUGUUUCGGAGGGCAGUGCCAUGGUCAAUCCGGCCGAGUUAGGUCUAUCUUUGACCAGGUCUUUCUCACAGGACGACGAAGUCAAAGACUCUCGCGAGGCCGAGCCUUCCAGUUCUCUCCAGGACAAAAAGGACGAAGCGUACCGAGACAAGGUUCGGCAGAAAUUGGUGGAAACCCUGGGCAAAGAGGAAGAGGUCGAAGCGCUUGAUGGUGAAACAAAGCAAAGCAUGCGGGACCCUGUCAAGCUCGCUGAAGAGAUUGAAGAGGAACUGAACAAGGCGCUUCCGAAGAAAGAGGCUUACAUGAAUCAAGCACGGUCCAUCCUCUUCAACCUCAAGGACUCGAAGAAUCCCACUUUCAGGUUCAAGUUGAUGGUGGGCUUCUUCCAGCCCCAUCAGCUUCCGACCUUGACAGCGGAAGACAUGGCCAGCGAGCAGAAAAAUGAUGAGCGACGAAAGCAAAGGAAGUAUGCCAUGGAAGCCUUGGAUCAGAAUUGGGCCUUGAAGAAUGGUCAGCAGCCAACCACAGGGAUGUUUACUUGUGGCAAAUGCAAGGGUAACAAGACCACCUACUUCCAGAUGCAGACGAGGUCAUCUGAUGAGCCCAUGACAACGUUUGUCACAUGUUUGACUUGCAGCAAUCGCUGGAAGUUCUGCUAGUGCGACGCAGCAGCGAUUUCGUGAGCGCCCCACGUGCCGCUGCUGGCCAGUCGCUGUGCACACGCCGGCGCCACCGGCCCUUCGAUCGAGGGUGAAAAACCAAAAAGGAGAAGUGUUGGCGCCGCCAUUCGACGCCACUACUUACUACUAGGAACAAGAAGCUACUAGGGGCUCCUGGCCUUACUACUGGGAACAAGAAGCUACUAGGGGCUCCUGGCCUUGCUACUAGGAAGACGCUACUAGGGGCUCCUGGC